CCGGCGCAAGCCAAUCGAUUGCUUGUGUGCAAUUUAAUUACUUUUUGUGUUUGGGUUUUGUUUCCAGUGCCAAUUUAACGUUCGUCAAUUCUAUUGAUUUGCCCGAUUGAUUUGUGUUAUUAAUGGUGCUUAGCGGAGAAGCUGGCACUCAAAUGUUGCCCCACAGCAGCGACAAAGGCGACCGCUAUGCCAAACUCUCGUUCCUUGGUGAGGGCCAGUUCGCUAUUGUGUACAAGGCCCGGGACACAGUGACCAGCCAGAUUGUGGCCGUGAAGAAGAUCAAGCGUGGCAGCCGCGAAGAUGCGCGCGAUGGCAUCAAUCGAACUGCCUUGCGUGAGAUCAAAAUUCUGCAAGAGCUGCAGCACGAGAACAUCAUCGGUCUGGUGGAUGUGUUCGGGCAGCUGUCGAACGUGUCGCUGGUGUUCGACUUCAUGGACACCGACCUGGAGGUGAUCAUCAAAGACACCAAAAUCAUACUCACGCAGGCGAACAUCAAGGCGUACGCCAUCAUGACGCUGCGCGGCCUGGAGUACCUGCACCUGCACUGGAUCCUCCAUCGCGAUCUGAAGCCCAACAAUCUGCUGGUCAACAGCGACGGAGUGCUCAAGAUCGGCGAUUUUGGCCUGGCCAAGACAUACGGGUCGCCGAAUCGCAUCUACACCCAUCACGUGGUAACGCGCUGGUAUCGGUCGCCCGAGCUGCUCUUUGGCGCCCGCCAGUACGGCACUGGUGUGGACAUGUGGGCCGUCGGCUGCAUUCUGGCCGAGCUCAUGCUGCGCGUGCCUUUCAUUCCCGGCGACUCGGAUCUGGAUCAGCUGACCCGCAUCUUCGCCACCCUGGGAACACCCACAGAGGCCGAGUGGCCGUACCUGGGGAAGCUCCACGACUAUCUACAAUUCCGUCACUUCACGGGCACCCCGUUGCAGAACAUAUUCACUGCCGCCGACAAUGACCUCAUCCACCUAAUGCGCCGCCUCUUCGCAAUGAAUCCGCUGCGACGCGUCUCCUGCCGCGAGGCCCUGAGUAUGCCCUACUUUGGCAACAAGCCGGCGCCCACCGUCGGUCCCAAGCUGCCCCUACCCUCGGCCAUUGUGGCGGCCAAUGCUAAGGCCGACGAGAAGCCCGGCCAGGCGGUCAAGCGGAAGCUGGUGGAGACCACCGUUCGCGGCAACAGCCUGCCACAGAAAAAGCGGCUGCAGUUCUAAGUUGCCGCCAAGCUACCAAGCUGCCAAGCUUCUAAGCUGUUUAGCAUUUAAUGUAGAGACCUAAGACCCACGAGACAAAAAUGUGUCCAAACCAUUGUUGAGAUUGCGUUCAGUACGAGUUAAUAUUGUCCAUUAAAGAUGUGAAGAGUGCACAAAAGUGA